CAUAAUCUGCAGGGUCGGUUAUCCUCUUACAUUUGUUGGCUGAGGGGAGGAGUGGAGAGCGAGAGAAAGAGGAGGGAAAAAGAAAAGCUCUGUCCUGCUGUGUUUCUACAUCGAGUGUGUGUGUGUGUCUCUCUCUCUCUCUCUCUCUCUCUCUCUCUCUCUCUUUCCAGUAAAUGGAAGGAAUAGAAAGCUCAACAGAUGUUUAAAGUUUCGUUUCUCCCCCUGUGUAUUUUGUCAACACCUUCCUCUUCUCCGCCUCUUAACUCUCUGGAUGUGUUUGUACCAGAGCACACGGCCUGUUAACUCCACUGUGCAGGACAGUGUGUGUGUGUGUGUGUGUGUGUGUGUGUGUGUGUGUGUGUGAGAGAGAACACACACACACCGAGUACUUUAGGAUUAAAACACAAAGUUGCUGAGUUCGCACGGCGGGAGCUCCUCUCCAGUUAUGAACUCUCCACCAUCUUACUCAGGAGCCAGAAUAUCUGGCUGUUGGACUCUCAGAUCUGACGGCAGCGGAGGCGGCGAGGGCUCUCUGGACCGGCUCCUCCCCGCGGUCGGCACGGGGCUUUCCCCGAGGAAGAGGACCACCAGUCAGUGCAAGUCGGAGCCGCCUCUCCUGCGCACCUCCAAGAGAACCAUCUACACCGCCGGCCGGCCGCCCUGGUACAACGAGCACGGGGCGCAGUCCAAGGAGGCCUUCGUCAUCGGUCUGUGCGGCGGCAGCGCGUCGGGGAAGACGACGGUGGCCCGCAAAAUCAUCGAGGCCCUGGACGUGCCGUGGGUCGUGCUGCUCUCCAUGGACUCGUUCUACAAGGUGCUGACCCCGGAUCAGCAGACUCUGGCCGCCAGCAACGACUACAACUUCGACCACCCCGACGCCUUCGACUUCGACCUGCUGACGCACACGCUGCGCAAGCUCAAACAGGGCAAGAGCGUGAAGAUCCCCGUGUACGACUUCACCACCCACGGGAGGCAGAAGGAGUGGGUGAGGAGGACACACACAAACGGGUGCUGCCUCACUUCCUGGUUUGAGGACUCAUCCCCUCCGCCUCUCUCUCUCUCUCUCUCUCUCUCUCUCUCUCUCCUGGUUCCUCCCGGGCAGCUGCUGGACAUGAAGAUCUUCGUGGACACGGACUCGGACAUCCGGCUGGUGCGUCGGCUGAGGAGGGACAUCUCGGGCCGGGGGCGGGACAUCGAGGGCGUCAUCAAGCAGUACAACAAGUUCGUCAAGCCGGCGUUCGAGCAGUACAUCGAACCCACCAUGCGCCUGGCCGACAUCGUGGUGCCACGUGGCGGUUGCAACAUGGUGGCCAUCGAUUUGAUCGUGCAGCAUGUUCACAGUCAGCUGGAGGAGCGCGAGCUCAGCGUCAGGGCGGCCCUGGCUUCGGCACACCAGGCCCAGCCCCUCCCCCGGACCCUCAGUGUUCUGGAGAGCACGCCCCAGGUCAGGGGCAUGCACACCAUCAUCAGGAACAAGGAAACCAGCCGCGACGAGUUCAUCUUCUACUCCAAGAGGUUGAUGCGCCUGUUGAUCGAGCGAGCGCUCUCCUUCCUCCCGUCGCAGGUCCACGUGGUCCAGACCCCCCAGGGGGAGGAUUAUGAAGGGAGGGCUUUCCACGGGAAGAGGAUCACAGGCGUGUCCAUCUUGCGAGCCGGGGAGACCAUGGAGCCGGCCCUCAGGGCCGUCUGCAAAGACGUCCGCAUCGGCAAGAUCCUCAUCCAGACCAACCAGGACACCGGAGAACCGGAGCUCCACUACCUGCGUCUCCCGAAGGAAAUCGGUGAAGAUCACGUGAUCCUGAUGGACUGCACCGUGUCCACCGGAGCGGCCGCCAUGAUGGCCGUUCGAGUCCUGCUGGACCACGACGUGCAGGAGGACAAGAUCCUGCUGGUGUCUCUGCUCAUGGCGGAGAUGGGGGUGCAUUCAGUGGCCUACGCGUUCCCACAGGUCAAGAUCAUCACCACGGCCGUGGACAAGAAGGUCAACGACCUCUUUCACAUCAUACCCGGCAUCGGAAACUUCGGGGAUCGAUACUUUGGAACGGACGCACCGCCUGACUGGAGCGACGAAGAGACGGACGAGCCCAGUUACUGACCGACUGCUCGCCGGCGCCCCCCGCAGGACGACGCCAGCACGCAGUUUGAGAGGACAAAACUCUGCCGGUGGACAUGUGCCACUUACAUGUGCAGAUGUUUUUUAUUUCAUCGUUUUAAAUUGCGACACACGCUCCCGACACCUGCAGGCACGUUUGCUUUUUGAAGAGACGGACCCCGCCUUAAGCCGCCGCCUACUGUGCACGACACAACUGAAUGUGAAAGGCGUCGAGCUGUUUUUACGGUUAUUUUCUUUCUAUUUAUUUGUUUUAUUUUACCACACGCACCUUUCCUCACAACCUUCACAAAGGCAACCAAUCGGAACAGGAGCUCGUGUUGCUCGACUUUCUGAAGGACCAUUCAAUCGGAAAGAUGUGUGGGUGUAUCCGUCUUUCUCUUUUUUUACCUCUUGUUUUUUGGUUUGUUUUUUUAGCUUUCUGGUUCACCCGCUUCCUCUCUGUGGAUGUUGACCUAACAGUGUUGGAAACUGUGUUUUAAUAUGCAGUUAAAAGUAUGCACUUGUGGUGUGUA